AUGUCCCUCUCCCUCCGGAUCUUCCGCCCGGCGGUCCUCCGCGCAUCGCGACCAACCUCCACAAGCCAUGCAUAUCAGACGGCCAGAACCUUCGCCAGUCAGACACCAGGCAGUCCGGUCUUUGAGGUCUUCAAUCGCAAGACGAAGCACUUGCAGAAGGACCGCGCGGCGCGGAAUGUCGAGGAGAGUCGCAAGGUGGAUUACAUCAAGGAUGAGGUAGCGAUACGGUUGUGUGAGCGAUUACUGGACAUCAAACGGGACUUCCCCAGCGUCCUCGACCUCGGCGCCAACAGCUGCAACAUCGCCCGAGCCCUCACAAUGCCCAACCCGGACCCCGCGACCCCGACCUCUCCCCCCCUCUCCAACAAAAUCCGGCACCUAACCUGCAUCGACACCUCGGAAGCGCUCCUCAACCGCGACGCCGACGAGCCCUUCAACAGCGAGCUCUCCCUAACCCGCCAAGUCGUCCCCGACCUCGAAACCCUCCCCUUCGAACCCUCCACCUUCGACGCCGUGCUCUCCUCCCUCUCCAUCCACUGGAUCAACGACCUCCCGUCCCUCCUCGCCCAAGUCAACUCCAUUCUCAAGCCCGACGCCCCCUUCAUAGCCGCCAUGUUCGGCGGCGACACGCUCUUCGAGCUGCGCACGUCGCUGCAGCUCGCUGACCUCGAACGCCGCGGCGGCGUCAGCCCGCACGUGUCGCCCCUCGCUGACGUGCGCGACGUCGGCGGCCUGCUCACCAAGGCGGGCUUCAAGAUGCAGACUGUUGACGUGGAGGACAUUGUCGUCGAGUAUCCCGAUACGUUUGCGCUGAUGCGCGAUUUGCAGGCCAUGGGCGAGAACAACGCCAUCUUGCAUAGGGAGUUUGGGCCCCUGUCGCGGGAUGUGCUGCUUGCCAAUGAGGCCAUCUAUAGACAGUUGCAUAUGGAGGAGGGGGCGAGGGGUCUGCCGGCUACGUUUCGGUUGAUCUUCAUGAUUGGGUGGAAGGAGGGGACUGGGCAGGCGAAGCCGUUGCAGAGGGGGAGUGGGGAGUUGAAUUUGAAGGAUUUGUUGGGUGGUGGGGAUUUUAAACAGAAUAAUUAA